AAAAUCAAGCAGCUGGGAUGUCAAACACGAUUCGACAUUUCACGCAUAUCCAUCCCUUAACCGAAGUGAACGGUGUUGGCACAUACACGUGCAAUGGUUGCAAACUGUAUGGUGAAGGCAAGACCUAUCGGUGCAACGAAUGCGACUAUGAUCUCCAUGAAUAUUGCGCUACGUGUCCUCCAAGCCUCAGAAACUCAUGUCACGGGCAUGAUCAUGAGCUUAUCCUGUACAGCGGUCCCACGCACAUGACCGAACGUUCGUGCUAUGUUUGCCGAGUUUACAUCCAAGGGAUGUUCUACAUUUGCAAGAAUUGCAAUUUUGAAUCUCACCCGCUUUGCACACACGUUCCAAUGCAUGCCUCGUCUCCUGAUGCAACGGUAACGAGGCAAAGAAGCCUGCAUGACCAUCCUGGACAGCCAUCGUCACCACACCACAAUGGUCACGGAAACCCCUAUGGUUAUGCUAUACCAUACCCUUAUAACCCCUAUGGUCAUCAUCAUUAUCAGCAUCAAAAUUCAAACAUGAACACGGUUUCUCCAAAAGCGGAUUCCAAUCCAAGCACGCCAAAAAAGAAAAAAAAGUGGAGUUCUUAAUGGCUUCAAGGCUGUACUAGGUGUAACUGCUGGAGUAGCAACCAAUUUGCUCGUUGCAUCAAUUACAGGUAGCACCUUGAAUGAAGAAGAGGUUAUUUUCUGAUGAAUUUUUUAACUUGUUUCAUGGCUUGUGGUGUGUUUUACGUUUGACGUUGUUUUCCGUUACAUGCAUAUGUGUAUGUAUGUAUCUCGUUUCUCACAUUAUCGCAUGACUGCAAAUUGCACUCUUUAAGUAUGCAA